UUGUGCAGCGACGUCAUCAGAUGCGCUGAUAGCAGAGGAGCUAGCCGGUGUCCUCCUCAUUAGCUUAGACAAGAUAGAGACCCUCGCCCGUCUUCCAUUGAACGACCUCAAACCGACAUGUCUGACUUCACAGAGGACCAGAUCAUGGAGUUCAAGGAGGCCUUCCUUUUGUUUGACCGGACGGGUGAGGGGAAGAUCACCUACAGUCAGUGUGGUGAUGUCAUGCGGGCCCUUGGACAAAACCCUGUCAAUGCUGAAGUGCUCAAGGUCCUGGGAAACCCCAAGUUAGAAGAGAUGAACUACAAGAUGUUGGAUUUUGAGCAGUUCCUGCCGAUGCUUCAGGCCAUUGCUAAGAACAAAGACCAGGGUUCCUUUGAGGACAUCGUAGAGGGUCUGCGAGUCUUUGACAAGGAGGGAAACGGCACAGUGAUGGGAGCAGAGCUGCGUCAUGUGCUCACUACACUAGGUGAAAAAAUGACAGAGGAGGAGGUGGAAACUCUUUUAGCCGGACACGAAGACGCCAAUGGCUGCAUUAACUAUGAAGAACUCGUCCGGAUGGUGAUGAGCGGUUAAGGAUUUAAUAAACGCACUUCCAGUUUUAAUUUUAUUCCUGAAUGUUUUUAUAUUGUUUGUCUUGUCUUGCCCUUCCAUCCAUGUCAUCCUACCUCCAACAAGUCUCUUUUAUUUUAUUUGUUUGACAUCUUCAAUUUAUUUUCGAAAGUGCCUAUUCAGUCUAAUGUGAAGAAACCCUUUCAUCUCAUUUUCCAUCCGUUAUUCAGCCUUGCAGAUACACUCUGCAGUAAGGUUCCCGUUAUGAUGUCACCUGUUACAUCUUUGUUAACUCGUCGGUCUUGUUGUCAAAAGCUUUUGUUGUUUUUUUGUUUGGAUGGAUAUGAUAAUGUGACAUGUUUCAUCUGACAAUAUUGAAUAAAAAUCCUAG